GCUAUGGUAUUUAAUUGCCCUUUUCCCCAUGUGAAAGUUUGUAUCUGUGACGAUUUGACUUUCAAGUCAUAUAUGCAAUAUAUUGACUUAGAUUACGUCGAUAGAACACUCCCUUGUCGAGUCACACUGUGAUUACUAAAUCAUAGCAGCAGACUUCCUUCCGUAAGAGCACAUGAUGUUUCACAUCAAGUUAUAACUUUGUAAUAGGACUAAUUGGACUUUUUGGAUAUGGAGACGAGUUCAGGUGGGGAUUCAUGACCUUUAAUGUUUAUGUAGUACAUGUACAUGUAUAUCAGGGUAUAGUAGAUUGGUGUAUUCAUGCUAUAUCUAAUCCAACUUUCAUAUUUCUUUUUCUAGGUAUCGCCAUUGUUGAUUGUACAGCCUAUCUCUGCCUGUCUAUAUCUCAGUCCGGGACAUGUGAGGAAUGUUAUAUUGGAAGGUAUGGUGAUUACUGUGACAAGAUGUGUCAACACUGUGACACGGGUGGAUGUAGCAAAACAACAGGAGUUUGUCUUCAGUGUCAAGCUGGCUAUUACUCUACAAACUGUUCACGGACAUGUCCACCUCAGUGUAGAGAGAGCUAUAGUGACCGUGUCUACUGUGACCGUACAACAGGGAAUUGUCUGGACGGCUGUAAACCCACAUUGUGGGGAGAUAAAUGUGAACACAAGUGUGGAAAACAGUGUACAGAUUCACAGUGUUUCUUUUACGAUGGUUCAUGUGCUUUUGGUUGCAAGGACGGGUUUACCGGGACUCAUUGUGACAAAACCUGUUCAGUGGGAUGUUUCCACGGCACCUGCAGUCAGCUGGCGGGUGUGUGCCUACAUGGAUGUAAAACUGGCUAUUAUGGGCGCUCCUGUGAUAGAAACUGCACUGAUAAAUGCCUUGACAAAGAUUGCAGUACAGAGAUUGACGGAGACACUCCUCGCUGUACCCACGGCUGUGUACAUGGCUGGAAGCCUCCUCUCUGCCAUAUCCCUUGCCUACCCAACUGUUUAUCGUGCACUGAAGCUGAGGUGUGUACAUCGUGCAAGGCAGGGUUCACAGGAACUAGCUGUGAGAAGAAGAAAUGCAACUGUCUUGGUUCCGGUUGUAGCGAUGACAGAAUUUGCGAUGGAUGUCCUCAUGGGUGGUGGGGACAGACCUGUGAGCUGGCCUGCUCUCAAAACUGCCUCAAAUGUCAACAGAAGGGUGGCAAGUGUACAACAUGUCGCCAAGGGUUCACAUAUGAUGGAAGAAGUCAAUGCACCUCCAUGAUCGAUGGUAACGGAACCUCUCAAUUCACCGACGUCCCAACUCAAAGGCAAGAAUCACAUGUUACCAUUGUGAUUAUUUCAACCAUAGCCUGUCUAAUCGCAGUUUUAAUCGGGGUCUCUAUCAGAUUCCGGGGACGCAUCCUGUCAUCGUGCAUCAAACACGCCCCGGAUGAAAACGCUCCUGAUAAUGAGGAGCCGGAAUCGUCAACAACCGACUUGCUCGCAUAAGAUCGCGAGCAACAAGAAGAUGUAUCGUUGGGUAAUGUGUGUUAAUCAUUUCCAGCUUUGGCAUUAGAAGGUCUAUCUUGAGACAAUCGAGAGUUCUAAUAUGUCAGGGUCGAUCGACCAACAUUCUAGUAUAUACUUUUAAUUUAAGCUCUUUUUAUCAGCACAAACAUGUGAUUUUGAUAUAUCUCAGAAUUGUGCAAAAUUGACAAGUGUAUCGUAUAUCAUGUGUGAUAUUUCUUACACUUUAAUUCCCAAUGGCCAUAGUAACACUUAUUGUAUUGCAUAAAGACCCCUUUGUGGAGACCUUUAGAGUAAAACAUGCGACUUAAUGAAAGUACUUGACAUCACAUGGUUAUAUUUACUGUAGGUAUCAUGCUUUAGAUCUGGAAGUUCAUGUAUUAGCUUUCUGCGUCUAUUUAAUGUUGCAAUCUGUGUGUAUCCUGUAUUACGACAACGGGAUCAGGUGGUCAGGCUCGCUGACUUGGUCGAUGCAUGUCAUCAAUCCCAAUUGCGUGGAUCGAUGCUGAUGAUAUUAAUCACUGGAUUGACUGGUCCAGACUCGAUUAUUUUUAGAUCGCCGUCAUAUAGCUGGAAUAUUGCCGAGUGCGGCGUUAAACAACAAAGCAGCCAACCAACCAAAUCUUGUUUCCGGAUAAUUCCGUAUGUUCUGUAGACCCAAGUCCUUCGAGGCAGCUGAAGUUUCGGUGUAUACAGUAACCAAAAAUAUUAAUCUGGAUACACACAGAUUUCAACAUGAAAAUGACGCACAAAGCUAAUACAUGAACGGAAACAAGAGAUAUAUUGAUAUUUGAAAUAUGAGUACAACACUACACAUAACGAAUGCGUGUAGUUUGUACAACACCAAUACUCGCUGUAAGUAAUCAGUGUAUGUUAACAACACAUCUACAUAUACUGGUUCAGCGUGUACUUGUUGCUAUAUUUAUCGACAAGAAUCAUCUGUCUAUGGUACUCUAGUUUUUAUUAUAUAACACAAAUACUGAAAACAAUCAAAUUUACAUUUACAUACUGCACUGAUUCCAGAUUCCGGAUUUUGUAUCUACAAGCAAACUAUUGUCAGAUGUAUCUCAAAACGAACGACUGCGCAUAACAUACAUGAAAUAAUAAACCUUUAAUAAACGUUUGAUUUAACAGAAAUAUGGAAAUAAGACUUAUCCGAGCGAGGCUUUACACUCUUAGCAAACCCACAUGUUACCAUAUGCAAGUCCAUGAGGUAAGUGCCAGUUCAUGUCAGUAGACGUCCAUUAAUAUAUCGAUCGAUCUACGUAUGUACAACUGCAGUGUUCGUGUUCCCUUCGCAUAACAUAUAUAUGCACGUUUGGAUGAUACGCUGUCGAAUUGUACAAGUGAAAGGGAGAAAUACUCAGCAUAUAUGAUCAACUAUUCUUUACAUGUGUGACCACUCACAAAACAUACUCUUGGGGAGCAUAUUACGUCUUUUUUUAAUUUUACAUGAACAUAUUUGAAGAUGGAAUUACAAUAUGUUGUAUGCAUGCCGUAAUUUAACAUAGUAUUUUAGAUCUUCUACAUAUUCAAUGAGUAUGAUCAACUUAAUGACGGGUACUACAGUGUACUUACAUCUAUAAAAGUAUCCUUUCUAGAAGUGAGUGUAUGUCAGGGUAUCCAUAUCCAUUGUUUGUAAAACAUGCCAAUAAGCAGGUAUCGACCUGCUGUCCUGUUGUACCCUAUGUUACCGUCACUGUUGUAAUUCCUGAUUCUUUAUCAGUAGGAUUGUUCACCAAAACAAAAACAUCGCUGGUGCAAAUUAUCCAAUUAAUUUGCUUUUUUAUUGGUUUUAUUUUCAGUUAUGUGAUUCUUCUGUGACAUUUUUGGUUGAUGUAUAUAGAUUUUGUUUAUGUUUCGAAAGUUCAUUUUUUGUUUGACAUAUUUUGUCUGUGAGUGUGGUGACAUUCUUUCUCUCUGUAGUUUUCAUUCAUUUUUCUGUUAUCAGGUUUUGGUUAUAUCUGGUGCAUUUCUGCAUUGCAAAUCUAUACUUCGUGCGCAACCCCCCUGUCAGCCUUUGUAAAAAAAAAACAUAUUCUGUAAAGUGAGUGAGUGAGUAUGGUUUUACGCCGCUUUUAGCAAUAUUCCAGCAAUAUCAC